GAUUUUGUUUUCAUUCUUCUUCUUAUUCUUCCUCUUAAAUACCUCUUUAAUCUCUCCAUUUUUUUUCAAGUUCAAACUCAAUCCCUCUCUCUUUCUCUCAUCACCAUCAGUCAUAGACACGAACACAUACUCCUACAAUAAUACAACAUGGCUAUCAAAAAGGGUAAUCUACUUCAGCCCUCUGCCUCCAUCAGACACAUUCUCAAAAGAUGUUCAAGCUUCGGCAAGCGAAAUGGCUGCAACGACGAUGGCCUCCCCGACGACGUGCCGAAAGGCCACUUCGCAGUCUACGUCGGAGAAAACCGAAGCCGACACAUUGUCCCCAUUUCCUGGCUGGCUCAUCCACAGUUCCAGAGCCUGCUGCACAGAGCAGAGGAGGAGUUUGGUUUCAACCAUGACAUGGGUAUCACCAUCCCUUGUGAAGAGGUUGUUUUUCGCUCCUUAACAGCCAUGAUCAAGAUCACAUGAGCUCAGACCAACCCAUAAACAGAUCGGGAUUCUUUUUUUCUUUCUUUCUUUCUUUCAAGUUGCUUGAAUCUUGAAUGGAAAAGGAAUUGGAAGGAGCUAAAUUUGCCCUCCUCCAUUUGCUGAACUUCUUUUCUAAUCAUUUAUGUUCUUCAUGAAUCUAUCAUUAUUAAUACAGGGAAAGAAGUUGCAGGCUU